AUGAGCGGAAACCAAGAGGAAGGAGGUAGUGGAAAUUAUCACGGACGUCAGAACUAUGAAGAUCAAGCAUUUCAAGCCAAAGGAGGUUGUCUUGCUGCUGGGACAAGGGAAAACCCUCCAGUUCUUCGUCCAAAGGCAAGCUAUGGUGCAUUUAGUGUUUAUUACCCUCCAAGUGGUGGUCCUGGAAAUAAUUCUAGUGCUUCAACUGUGGUGCCCCUCCGGGGACCUCUAGCACAGGCUCUUGGGUCAGAGUUUGGCAUCCAACAUUUUCUCGAAGAUGCCCAUGGGGAGCCUUUGAUUCCUCACCAAUGUGGCUAUGGUUGCUGUUCGGGUCAAAAUGGACCAAAUGGUGGAAGCUCCUUGUUGGGGCCUGAGUUCAUUGAUUACAUUGAGCCUCCCUUCUCGAGGCAAGAGCUGAUGUCUAUAGCAGCAGAGUUGAACGAGAUUGCAUGGGCGCGAUGUGAUCUUCCAAGGGAUCCUGGACCAAGUGAUCUUCCGGCUGAUGUCAGUACUGGGAUGCCGAGCAUGGAGAUGCGGCAGCCGACCCGUCCAAGCGAGAAUAAGAAUGAUCCGUGUGGCAAAUUGAAGGGUGUGAAGCAGUAA